GGCGGAGGCGCGGGGCGGGGCCGGGCGCUGCGGCGGGGUCGGGCGGGACGGAGGCGCGGCCGUUGCCUCCCGCCGCCACCUGAGGGAAGGAGCGGAGCUGCCGCGGCGGGACCCCGCGCUGAGCUACCUGACAGAGGAAGAAUGUAACCUGGCUGCUGUUCUAUCAGGAUGGAGUCAAUUGUGUGGGAAUGUGGUUAAACAUCUGAAUACCUUAACCUAAUGCACGGUGGUAAAGCAAAAUGCCUCAUACGUCUGUCUCAAAUGCAUCAUCUUCAGGACUGAGCUAACAAUGUUGUGCACUGAGAGUUUGUCAGUUUUGAAGAACCUAAACCAGGACUGCAAAUAACUGCUGUUGAAGCAAAAUCAGAAGGCAGGAGAAGAGUUGGAAGAGCUUUCUGGCUGGGCUCAGGGACUGGCCCCAUUCACGACGUGGAAGGAUGGCUGUUAGCUGGAUGUUCUGCUGCUUUUGGCUUUUGGAUGUCUUGGUGGGCUGCACAAGAGGGCACAGUUUAUUUUCUUGUGAGCCCAUCAUCCUGCGGAUGUGCCAGGAUCUGCCUUACAACACCACCUUCAUGCCUAACCUUCUGAAUCACUAUGACCAGCAGACAGCAGCAUUAGCAAUGGAGCCAUUUCAUCCGAUGGUGAAUUUGGAAUGUUCCAGAGAUUUUCGACCAUUUCUUUGUGCCCUCUACGCUCCCGUGUGCAUGGAGUAUGGCCGUGUCACUCUGCCAUGUCGCAGACUCUGCCAAAGAGCGUACAGCGAAUGCUCCAAGCUCAUGGAGAUGUUUGGAGUCUCUUGGCCUGAGGAUAUGGAGUGUACCAGAUUCCCGGAUUGUGAUGAGCCAUAUCCUCGUCUUGUUGACCUCAGUUUGGGUGGGGAGCCCACAGAAGAGGCCCCCAUGGCGGUACAGAGGGAUUAUGGUUUUUGGUGUCCUCGAGAGUUGAAAAUAGACCCCGAUCUGGGUUACUCUUUCCUGAGGGUACGGGACUGUUCCCCUCCUUGUCCAAAUAUGUACUUCCGGCGUGAAGAGCUCUCCUUUGCUCGCUACUUCAUCGGAGUGAUCUCCAUCGUCUGCCUUUCUGCUACCUUGUUUACUUUUUUAACUUUUCUGAUCGAUGUCACAAGAUUUCGCUAUCCAGAAAGACCGAUAAUAUUUUACGCCGUCUGUUACAUGAUGGUGUCAUUAAUCUUCUUCAUUGGCUUUCUGCUUGAAGACCGAGUAGCGUGUAACGCGUCUAGUCCUGCCCAGUACAAGGCUUCUACAGUGACACAGGGCUCUCACAACAAAGCCUGUACCAUGCUUUUCAUGGUGCUCUAUUUCUUUACCAUGGCUGGCAGUGUUUGGUGGGUCAUUCUUACCAUCACGUGGUUCUUGGCAGCUGUGCCAAAAUGGGGCAGUGAAGCGAUCGAGAAGAAAGCGUUGCUCUUCCACGCCAGUGCCUGGGGCAUUCCAGGAACUCUAACCAUCGUCCUCUUAGCAAUGAAUAAAAUUGAAGGUGACAAUAUUAGCGGCGUAUGUUUUGUUGGCCUCUAUGAUGUGGAUGCAUUAAGAUACUUUGUACUUGCACCCCUCUGCCUGUAUGUUGUUGUUGGAGUUUCCCUUCUGCUAGCUGGCAUUAUCUCUCUCAAUCGGGUUCGCAUUGAAAUCCCAUUAGAAAAAGAGAACCAGGACAAGCUAGUGAAGUUCAUGAUCCGGAUUGGCGUGUUCAGUGUUCUGUACCUCGUGCCACUGUUGGUUGUAAUUGGCUGCUAUUUCUAUGAGCAGGCUUAUCGAGGGGUGUGGGAGACGACGUGGAUUCAAGAACGCUGCAGGGAAUAUCACAUCCCGUGUCCUUACCAGGUCACUCAGAUGAGUCGUCCAGAUCUGAUCCUCUUUCUGAUGAAAUAUCUCAUGGCUUUGGUAGUUGGGAUACCCUCUGUCUUCUGGGUUGGAAGCAAAAAGACCUGUUUUGAGUGGGCCAGCUUUUUCCACGGACGCAGGAAAAAAGAAGUUGUCAACGAGAGCCGUCAGGUGCUGCAAGAGCCAGAUUUCGCUCAGUCUCUUCUGCGGGACCCCAACACGCCCAUCAUCCGCAAGUCCAGGGGCACCUCCACCCAGGGCACCUCCACUCACGCCUCCUCCACCCAGCUGGCCAUGCUGGACGACCAGAGGAGCAAGGCAGGCAGCGUGCACAGCAAAGUGAGCAGCUACCACGGCAGCCUGCACCGCUCACGUGACGGCCGGUACACCCCCUGCAGCUACAGAGGCAUAGAGGAAAGACUCCCUCACGGCAGCAUGUCCCGGCUCACCGACCACUCCCGGCACAGCAGCUCCCAUCGGCUCAACGAGCAAUCGCGCCACAGCAGCAUCAGGGACCUGAGCAGCAACCCCCUGACACACAUCACACACGGCACCAGCAUGAACCGCGUCAUCGAGGAGGACGGGACCAGCGCUUGAGCCUGGCGGCGCUGCUCAGCAUUACCGCGCCUCUGGGCAGCUGCUGCUUUCGCGCAUCAGCAAGCCGAGGCCGGCUUCUCCGUUCUGAAGCCACCGUUCUCAUGCCUGCAUCAGAGCUAGUGUUCAGCAAGCUUGAGUCACUGAGCACCGAGCUGCCUGCCUCGUUUGGGCCUCUCUGUAGGUAAUUAUUUAUUUGAUAACUGUUAUUUACCCAUCAGCCAUCGUUGCUGAAUUCCUUAUUCUUGAAGAAAAACCUUCUCCUCCCUCCGACGUGUCGUCACAUCAGCAGGUGCCACCACAGACAGCUCGCUGGCAGUCACACCCACGUGUUUUCUAAUGGGCAUAAGGAAAUUCUUGGAUAUUGAAGGAAUUCCUCCACAUCUCUGACCCGAUAACAAAGCAAUUCUUGGUUUCACAGAGGGAGAGGCCCGUACUCAGUGCUGUACAAAGGACGUCUGGGAGGUAGCGGCAGCGUUUGUAACAGAUAACACUGGAAAUGCAACGGAGGAGCAGCGUUUGGGAGGAGAGAGGAGAUGGCUGAGGAUCACCAGCUCCUCCCAGGGCUGCUCAAGCUCAGCUGUGGGGAUGGGUGGAGGGAGGGGGAGGAAGGAGGCAAGGAAGGGCGCUUUUUGUAUAACUUGCAUUGUCCUUGCUUUUUUUACAAGAUACUAUUUAAAUUUUCUACUUGUUUACAAUUUAUGUAGGAAGAGAGGAAUUUUAAAACCAGUUAUCUAGAUAAUAUUCAGCCACUUAUUUUUAGAUUAUUGUACAAAAGCUGAGAUUGCCCAUUCCCAAUCUAUUUAAAAACAGAAAGAGCUGAAUUUGUCCCCCACACUGGGCCGGGCAGCCUUCUCACCAACAGAACAAACCCUGCUGACCGGCCCACAGAGCAGGUGAGGAAUGCUGGGGCUGAAAUGGCUGCGAGGAGCUCCCUCAGGGCUGGGCUGUGUUCCUGGGGCUUUGCUCUGUGCUGAGGUCGGGCACUGGGGCACGGCACUGAGCCCAACCCUCCUUGCUGCUGGAGGAGCAGGCAGGUAUCCGUGCUCUCAUGAUCAACCUUUACUCCAGGUUGUUUUCUUUUCAUUCCCUACCAUAGGUUCACAGCAGAGAAUUCUCAGUUUGGGCUUUUGUGUGUGUGAAUGGUUUGUUGGGUACAGCAGGUCUUUGCUGGCCCAGCAGGCAGAAGUCAAGGUGCGUUCCUGAUGGCACAGUUGAUCUUUGGAGGCGUCUGCUGUCAGAUCCGCUCAGCGUGAGCAGCGCUGGCUGCACCUAAACCUACCUCAGUAAUGACUGCAGAUCACUGCUGGGAUACGAAUGCCUCUUUUUCAUUGUCCUUGCAUAAUUCCCUCCUUCACCUGCUUGAGGCAAAUUGAGAAGCCUCUGUACAUGUUUAGAUGGCACAGCCUUGAGGGCAGCAACAGGGCAACAAGCGCCUGCACACUGCAGAGACUGAGCAGCGCUGCGAUGACUCACGCUAAUUGCAGCUGAUGACACAACAGCAGGGCACGUAGCCGUGCUCUCUUUGAGAUCACAGGUUGCUCUGGGACUCACAGUGGAUUUAGAAACACACUUACUAACUUUCUGCUUCAAAGGGAGGGUAGUUUUUGGAAUCUGAAUCUGCAAAAGAAGCCAAAUAUCUGAGUUCUUGUAAACACUGAACUGAUGAAGGUCAAGUGUUAACGUUGAUCUCUUUGGCUGAAUUUCCAGUGCUCCUUUCUUGUUAAUUGCAGCAGUGCUUUGACUUGCUUAGAGGCAGGGAGGGGAGUGGUGGAGGUCUGAUGUACAUCCUCCCAGAAAUUAGCUAAUUUGUGAGGUUUAAUCCCCGUGCUUUUCCUGGUGGGGUGUUUAAGCAGUCCCUUGCUCAUCUAUUGUAUACACAUGGUUGGAGAGUGCUCUCGUCACCCAGAAAAGGGAUUAAGAUGGAAAAACUUGGGCUUUUUGUUACCCUUACCUCUGUAACCCCAAGCUUUUCCUUUUAUCUUCCCAACCUGAACCAACACGCUGCUCCUGCACAGCAUUCCUCCUCCCUGGGACUCAAAGACCUUCUUCCCAACAGCCUGUUUCAGGGGGAAGAUGGCCUCACCCUGGAUGCACUCGCAGGGCUGGGGCUGCCAAACCUUUGCAUUUCAGGGUGUGGAAGCUUUCUGGGUGACCUGGGCACGUUUAGGUGGUGCUUUCCUGUUAGCAUCCCAUCAUGGAAUUGUGAGUCAAUGCUGUGCUUGUGCUGCAUGGAAAGGCAGCAUGGAUCCACCUCCCUGUUGGGUCCACAGGGGUAAUCUUUUGUGGAGCCUAAAAGCCAAACUGCAGCAAAAAGCCUCAAUUGUCUGUAAAUUACUCUGCUCUCAAGUGCUCUGCGUUUUCUUAGCACCUAGACCUCAGUUUAACAGCACAGGCUUCAGCUAUUGGUUGUACAAACAGCACCCAAGGACAGACUGCAUCGGUGCCUGUCCUGAAUCCAGCUGGAAGCAGGGCAUGCACUGCCAGGUGCUCCCAACCCCGGGGGCUGCUGGAGGAGCCCACAGCUCAGCGAGGUGCUUGCAGCAGAGCACCCCAAAGCAGCAGCAAUGGGAAGCUGCACAGCAUCCCCAAGUGCUUCAGCCCUAACGACCGAAUGUAGACUUGAAUGUGAAAUUCCCCUCCUAUGCCAAUGUUUUAUAAACAGACUGGGGUUCAUUGUGGCACACGGCGGGAUGUUCUGUGUGCAUUUUGUGCAGCCCACGGCUGCAGGGCUGUGGUUGCUCAUCCCACGCUUACACUGGGGCUGUACCUUCAUUUCUGCUGCUGUGCUCAGCUCUCCGUGGGCUCAGUUCCAGUAGUCCCGUGUCGCUUCGGUAACGUUUAAUUUUUAGCACUUUACCUGUGAGUGUACAAACUGGUUAUUCUGUAGUAGGUGUACAUUUUCAUUUUAGACCUUUAAGAGUUUUUAAUAAAACCAUGUAAAAAUCCCGGUCCUGUUGUCCAAAACUCU